UGAAAUAUCUUAGCAGCUCAUUCUCAAAACAUCUCACAUAAACUCAGAUUGUAUUCGAAAUUGUACGUAUUUGUAGGUGUAGUAUUUAGUUUAAAAAAAAAUUAAAAAAACCGGGUUUUUGGACAGCCAUGACUGACUCGGACGACACCGCCUGGAUACAUUGGUUUUGCAAGCAGCGCGGCAACGAGUUCUUCUGCGAAGUGGAAGAGGAUUACAUUCACGACAAAUUCAAUCUAAACUUCCUCGACUCGAAUGUGACAAACUAUCGCUGUGCUCUGGAAGUGAUUUUAGAUCUAAACUCUGGCUCGGCUUCGGAUCAACCGCCGGAACCCGAACUGGAGGCUAGUGCCGAAAAGCUAUACGGCUUGAUUCAUGCCCGUUUUAUUCUCACCAAUCGGGGCAUUGAGAUGAUGCUGGAUAAGUACUACAAAGGAGCUUUUGGAACGUGUCCUCGGGUCUUCUGCCAGCGACAGCCGGUACUGCCAAUCGGCCUAACCGACAAUCCUGGCGAGGAGAUGGUCCGCAUAUACUGCCCUAAGUGCAACGAUGUGUACCUCCCCAAGGCGGCGCGUCACUCAAAUCUUGAUGGGGCAUUCUUUGGCACUGGUUUUCCGCAUAUGCUCUUUAUGGUUAAUCCGGAGGCACGGCCCAAGCGGGCUAAGCAGAAGUUUGUACCGAGAUUAUAUGGCUUUAAGAUUCACCAAAUGGCCUAUCGAUCUCAGCAGGACCCAUUCUCGGAACAGCCACAGAACCGUGAAGUAGAGACUCCAGUUGGCUGAUUCCAUUACCGAAAAUUUCCCAUGUGAACUGUGGUGCAUAUCCGUACACUUGUUAAGCUACUGUUUGGCUGGUUAGCUCAUUAAACUCUCAUAAUCAUAA